AUGACAUCAAUAACUCGCCCAGGAUUUUCUCACUGUAAAAACUUGAGCGCCACCAACUUAAGAGGACAAAUAGCUGCUUCAUUUUCGCAACUUAUAGAGUUAGAAUACUUGGAUUUAUCAAGCAAUGGCCUGUCAGGACCGAUACCGGAAUUUCUUGCUAAAUUGCCAAAGCUGAGAAUCCUUAACUUGAGUGGCAACAAGCUUACAGGUUCAAUUCCCAAGGCUCUUAAAGAAAAUUCAGAUUUGAAAACGAGUUUGGACGAUAAUCCUGGCCUCUGUUUGAGGGAUCCAUGGAAGAAGAAAAAGCACAAAUUCCCUAUUCUAUUAAUUGUAUCUGUUUCAGCUUCGACGGUCUUCCGAAAACCCCUAUUAACAUUUGCAGUGGAUUCUACUGUUUCAACAAAUCAAGAAGCAUGGGAAUAUUUAAGAAAUCGUGCUUUUUCUUACUCAGAGGUUCUUGAAAUCACUAAUAACUUCCAAAACUUGAUUGGAGAAGGAGGAUUUGGAAAAGUUUAUUUAGGCACUCUUAAGGAUAAUACUCAGGUUGCAGUGAAGUUACUUUCUCAGUCAUCAAGGCAAGGUCAUAAAGAAUUUCGAUCAGAGGUAGAACUUUCGAUUGUUGUUCAUCAUAAACACUUGGUUUGUCUGAUUGGAUACUGUGAAGAGAGUGGUGCUAGGGCAUUAAUUUACGAGUACAUGGCUAAUGGUGACCUCCAGCAACAUUUGACAGAGAAAAAUUCAAAAGUUUUAAGGUGGGACGAGAGGCUUCAAGUUGCUAUAGAUGUAGCAAAAGGUCUGGAAUAUCUCCAUAUUGGUUGUAAAACUCCUAUAAUCCACAGAGACUUAAAACCAUCAAACAUUUUAUUAAAUAAGCAUAUGGUAGCUAAGAUUGCUGAUUUUGGAUUAUCCAGAGCAUUUGAAAAUGAAAUGGAUUCUCAUCUAUCAACUCGACCAGCUGGUACACCUGGUUUUAUUGAUCCUGAAUUUCACAGGUCUGGAAACCUAAACCAAAAAAGUGAUGUCUAUAGUUUUGGAAUGAUUCUUCUCCAAUUAAUCACUGGCCACCCGCCAAUAAGAAGGGAACUUGAGGAUAUAUGUUUUAUUAUUGAUUGGAUCCGUCCAAAAAUUGAGUGUAGGGAUAUCCAAGGCAUUGUUGAUCUAAGGCUGGCGGGUGAAUUCAAUGUUAGUUCUGCAUGGAAAGCUGUGGAGACAGCAAUGUCUUGCAUUGCGCCACUGUCUACUCAAAGGCCAGACAUUAGUUCUGUGUUGCGUGAACUAAAGGAAUGUUUAGCUAUGGAGAUUGGUCACACCAAUUCAAAUGGCGUACCAAGCCAUCAAAUCAAUCAUUCUGGACAGCUUGAUCCAAUCACUACCCUCUCAGCUAGGUAA